AUGGAAGCAUUGAGCAGCGCGUCGUCGUCGACGCUGUUAAACAACGCGGCGAGACGAUUCGAGACGGCGUCGAAAAACGUUUCGUCGUCGUCGUACUCGCAUAAAAAUCAAUCUUCACUUCAGAAUCACCAAAGUCGAGGUGAUGUCCGAGCGAGAGGAGGAGGAGGAAGAGGCGGGCGGUUUGUGACGAGAAAUCAUCUCUCUUCGAGAAGAACGUCUGUCAACGCUGCUGCUGCCGCCGCCGCGCAAAAAGAGCAGACGAACAACGCCUCUUCCAAUGACGACGACGCGUUCGAACUCGACCGUAAAAAUACGUUUCUCUCUGCGGUGGAAAAAGACAAAGCGAACGUGGUUCCGGUGUUUAGGAGAAUUUUCGACGACCAACUGACGCCGAUUUUAGCGUAUCGGCUGCUCGUGAAAGACGACGCGAGGGAAGCGCCGUCGUUUUUGUUCGAAUCCGUCGUCGGUGGGACGCAAAUUGGGCGGUACUCGUUUCUCGGUCGCCGGCCGAAAGUUGAAGUGUUGGCGAGCGAAAAUCGAGUUAGGAUUAUGAACCACGCGAAACCGGAGGAGAAUAAGGAGGACUAUUUCGAAGAGGACCCGAUGACGGUUAUGGCAAAACUUGGGGAACACUGGAAACCGGCGAAACAUCCAGAUUUACCGGACGCGUUCGCCGGCGGUUGGGUAGGGUUCGCCGGCUACGACACGGUCAGGUAUCAAUACAUCAAUAAGUUGCCGUUCGAUAACGUUCGAGAACAAGACGAUCGAGAUUUACCAGACGUGCACAUGGGUUUGUACGAAGAAGUCAUCGUUUUUGAUCACGCGACGAAGCAAGUGUAUGGAGUAAAAUGGGUGAUGCUGGAAGAUUACACCAGCAAAGACGGCACCGUCGACGCCGAGAAAGCGUAUAGCGAAGGCAUCAAAGGAUUAGACGAUUUAAUGAAAGAGUUGCAGCCAGAAACGAUGGGCACGAUUCCGUUUGGAAGUGUGGACAUGCGUUUAAGUGGGAAACCAGAGCCAAUGAAGGAUUCAAACAUGAGCAAAGAGAGCUUUUUAGACGCCGUGGCGACGACGAAGGAACACAUCAAAGCCGGCGAUAUUUUUCAGUUGGUGUUGUCCCAUAGGUUCGAGAGAAAAACGAAAGUUGAUCCGUUUGAAGUGUACAGGGCGUUGAGAGUGGUGAAUCCGUCGCCGUAUAUGAUUUAUUACCAAGGUAAAGAUUGCAUAUUGAUCGCAUCGUCGCCGGAGAUUUUGUGUCGCGUGGACGAUUCGCGAACGGUGGUGAACAGACCUUUAGCCGGGACUCGAGCGAGAGGUAAAACGCAAGCCGAAGAUCUCGCAUUAGAAGAAGAUUUGUUGGCGGACGAGAAGGAAAGAGCGGAACACGUCAUGCUCGUGGAUUUAGGACGGAACGACGUCGGAAGAGUCUCGCAAAUGGGCACCGUUAAAGUUGAAAAGCUCAUGGAAAUUGAACGAUAUUCACACGUCAUGCAUAUUUCGUCCACGGUGACUGGAAAGCUGAUCGAAGACUUGAAUCCUUGGGAUGUGUUGCGCGCAGCUUUACCCGUCGGUACCGUUUCUGGUGCACCGAAAGUUCGAGCGAUGCAAAUCAUAGACGAUUUGGAAGUAUCCAAGCGUGGACCGUACGGCGGCGGCAUUGGCUACGUCGGUUUCGCAGGCGAGAUGGAUAUCGCGUUGGCGCUGCGAACGAUGGUCGUUCCGACGAAACAAAAGAAAGGAGACGAGUGGACGAUCCACGUCCAAGCCGGAGCUGGUAUCGUCGCGGAUUCAAAUCCAGAGAGCGAGUACCAAGAAACGGUGAACAAAUCUGCCGCGCUUGGACGAAGCAUCGAUUUAGCGGAACGCGCGUUUUUGAAAAAGAAGUAG